AAUUAACUCCUUUCAACAUUGAAAUAAGAUCACACUAACGUCACCACGUCACAUGAAAGUACAUGUAUGUUCCUCAUAAUGCUCUCAGAGUAGCAUCGUCAGUGACAGUGAGAGACAGACUUCACAACUUCACAUUCACCACCAUCUCCCAACAACAAUAACUCAUUUCAUUCCCUAAAACCCUAACCCUAACCCUAAAAAUCCUUCUCAAUGGACUUCAAUCACCACCUAUUAGACCUUUCCACUUCCACACAAUCCAUUCCCUCCUCCGACGACUUCCGCUUCCACUACAACUUCCCCGAAUUCAGACACCUUAUCGAAGAAAUCGCCAGAAAAUCACAGUCAAUGUUAAACCAAAUCGGUUCCUCAGAGAACAUUUGGGGUAUAGGUUCGUCUUUCCCCGCCGACAUCGAUGAUGCUUACGAAUGGAUUGUUAAUGCAAACGACGACGUUUUGGAGCUUGUUGACGAGAUUGUGGAUGAGUUUCAUAGGGUUCUGAAGGAGCAAGAUAUGGAGGAAGGGGAGGACGGGUUUUUCAAGUUUAAGAAGGGGAAGAAAGGGGUUUUUGGUUAUUUGGGUCAUGAAGCCAAUGGAAAGAAACCGAAAGUGUCGUUUCAUGUACACACUCUAAGGAAACCUCAGUAUCAUUAUAACCUUGUGGUUGAUAACUCUAAUCAACCUUUUGAACAUGUUUGGUUGGAAAAGAGUGAAGAUGGUCAAAGGUUUAUACAUCCGCUGGAAAAACUCUCUGUUUUUGAUUUUGUUGAUAAAGGUGAUAUUGAGAGCCUUGUACCAGUAAUGCCUCCCCCACUGGAAUGCACACCUUUCAAACUUGUGGAGGAUGUCAAAGGAUUGAAGGAGUUAGCUGCUAAGCUGAGCUCUGUUGAUGAAUUUGCGGUGGAUUUGGAACAUAAUCAAUAUCGGUCUUUUCAAGGUUUGACUUGCUUGAUGCAAAUAUCAACCCGGACUGAAGAUUUUAUUGUAGAUACUCUGAAGCUCCGUGAUCAUGUUGGAACACACCUGAGGGAAUUUUUCAAGGACCCUACCAAGAAAAAGGUAUUGCAUGGAGCAGAUAGAGACAUUGUGUGGCUGCAACGGGAUUUUGGCAUUUAUGUCUGUAAUAUGUUUGACACUGGCCAGGCUUCUAGAGUGUUAAAAUUGGAGAGAUAUAGUUUGCAACAUCUUUUGCAACACUAUUGUGGGGUUACUGCAAACAAAGAGUACCAGAAUGCAGACUGGAGAGCACGCCCUCUUCCUGAUGUGAUGAUAAAAUAUGGAAGAGAAGAUACACACUACCUGCUUUAUAUAUAUGAUGUAAUGAGGAUCAAGCUAUUUGAACUGUCUAUGGAGUCGGAAGGUUCCGAUGAUCCUCUGUUGGAGGUUUACGAGCGGAGUUAUAAUGUCUGCAUGCAGCUGUACGAGAAAGAGCUUUUGACAGAAAGCUCCUACCUAAAUCUAAAAGGGUUGCGAGGGGCUGGUUUUAAUGGUCAACAGCUGGCUGUUGUUUCAGGGCUUUUUGAAUGGCGUGAUGUUCUGGCUCGGUCAGAAGAUGAAAGUACAGGGUUUAUAUUGCCAAAUAAAGUUAUUCUUGAAAUUGCUAAGCAGAUGCCUGUCACUACAAGUAAUCUAAGGCGAUUGGUAGCGGAGAGGUCAAGGCUCCCAUAUGUUGAGCGCAAUCACGAUAUCAUUAUUAACAUUGUCAGACAUUCUAUGCAAAAGGCUGCUGCCUUUGAAGAAGCUGCACUUCGUUUGAAAGAAGAACAUGCUGCCUUUGAAGAAGCUGCGCUUCGGUUAAAAGAAGAAAAAGCAGCUAAUGAAAAUGGAGCAAAUGUUCAGGUGCCAAAAAUGCCAACAGGUGCUUGUGAUGCAACACCACCGCUAGGCCAUUCAGCUCCAGAAGGGAAUGGUUUUCCUGACAAAAAGGGCAAGAAAGAGAUCAAGGUAGAACAGAUUGUAGAAUCAGAGACAUCAGAUCUGAAGAAACCUCUUUCAGCUACAGUUUCCACAUCUAACCUGGAUGCAAACAUAAUAUUAGACUUGGAUUCAGACUCGGACGAUAUGAUGCAAGAAUAACCUAUAAAUCUGCAACAAUCAGCUUAGGAAAAUAUUUUUUGUCCACUCCGGUAAAAGUAAAAUGAAGUUGAGCACAUACCUGUCAAAAGAUGCUUUCAGUCAAAUUUAGAGUAGCAAGACCCAACAAACAUGUAAUUUGUCCAAAUUUGAUUGUGAAUUAACAAAGGAGAAGAUAAAGAAAUGCUUUGUCUCGGAGCAGUCUUCUGCAACUACAUGACUCACCUAGAGAAGGGGGACAGACAGGUGAUUUCGCAAUAUAAUUGCGCAAGUUAGUUGAUGGCAGGUGUUUGCAGCUUUUGGUAAUAGAAGUGGAACCUUCUAUUAGUAUAAAAGGAAAUAUAUUAGAAUAUAUGCUAUGUAGUAUGUACAAAUGUAGACAGAAUUCUAGAUGUUAGUUACCUUUUGUUGGUGCUUGAAUGGAAAUUGAGCAGAAUGAGGAUCUUUGAUCAAAAUUUUGCUAAACUAUUGAUCAGCUCAAAUCCAACUUAAGGUUGUCAUGAAACUGGAACAGCAAUUUUUAAAAUGUAAAAAAGGUGGGUUACACAUUGCUAAUA